CUAAACCAGACUUCAACCAAACUGCAUAUCUCUCUUAUUAAACUCCAAAAACCCAUUUUCUCCAUUACAUUUUCUUAGACACCAUUUUCACUCUUCCUAAAGCUACACUCAUUGUGCUUUUUGUCUUUCAUGGAGUCCUCCAAACUACUUCUUUCUUUCCUCCUUCUCUCUACCUUCAAAUUCUUCUUUGUAACAUGCACUAAGUUUGAAGUUGGGGGAACCAAUGGCUGGGAGGUUCCAAAAAAUAAAAACCAACAAUUUUACAACCAAUGGGCAUCUCAAAACAGGUUCAAUGUUAAUGACACUGUUUAUUUCAAGUACAAAAAAGACUCAGUUAUGGAGGUGACUGAAGAGGAAUAUGGGAAAUGUCAUUCUACUCAUCCCCUUUUCUUCUCCAAUAAUGGUGAAACCGUUUUCAAAUUGGAUAGACCUGGUUUUUUCUUUUUCAUUAGUGGGGUUGCUGGACAUUGCCAGAGAGGACAGAAGAUGAUCAUCAAAGUACUUGAACCUGAGAUUGCAAACCCACCUCAAGCUCAAAACCAGAAACAUAAUAGUUCUGCACUUGGAAUAAUGCCUACAUAUUCUCCAACUAUUCUUCUGCUCAUGAUCCUGUCAGUUUUUGGGGCUUUUUCUUUUCAAUUCAGUCUCAUUAUCUAAGUUUUCUUAUUUUUUAUUUUUAUUUUUUUGUCUACAAUCUUAACUUGGACUUGAUUUAUAAUUCGUAUGAAAUUUUGUUAUUUC